GGUCCACAAUUGCAGGUAAUUAGGGAGGGGGAGGCGUAUGAUCGUAUCUUCAGGGCGCUGUUAAGCAAAAUUUCGUGAAAUCAAUAUGGGGCCAGCAGGGGUCCAGAGAGACCCGCCGUAAAAUGGCGCUGGACGGACCGACGUCGCGGGGGGGUUGCACUACCUCCGUAGACUAACUAUAAGCAGUAUGCAGGAAGCUCAACUCACCUCAUCCUCAACAGCAGACGAAUAUAUAAUGGCUCUCCUCGACUCCUCUUCUACUCACCAACACCAUCACUUCCAUCACCCGAUCCUCUAAAUCCUACUCCUCCCACAACAGCAGCACAAUGGGCCGUCUCGUGAAGCUCCUAGGCUCAGGAAUAGGCCUCGCAUCAGAAGCCAUCCACAAUCGCAAAUCCUCGUCCUCGAACGUUAACCGUCCAGAUAACGCCGGCGAAGGCAGCAGCAGAUCCGCCCCCCUUUCUGCCAAUGAAGCACCACCCCAAUACGUCGAAGUCCCAAACCAUACCGCGGACGAGCUGAUCGCAGCCGGGAAAGCAGUCCCCGCAGACACGAAAGACCCCCACUUCUACGGCCACGACGAGAAGACACCCCACAACGACGAUGACGAUGAUGAUGAUUCUCUCUCCGAGGAAGGUGACGAAGAACAAUGGGAGCUCGACGAAGCAGUCUCCUACCCCGAGCCCCGCGACGACGCACCAGAAGACAUCGGACAACUUACCGAUACGUUCAUGGCCAACCACCCACCUCCUGCCUACACACCGAGGGAGACCGGCCCAACGCGAGGAAAAUUGCCAUGCCCGGUUAUAAUCCCGCAGAGGAGGCCUCGCGACAAGAAGCGCGGAUUCGUCCGCGCUUACGCCCCUGUCCUAGCAGAUUGCGGUAUCGAUCAAGCAACGUUUCUGGAUUUUCUGGUGACAUUUUAUAAGAGCACGAAAGAGGACAAAUGGCUGCAGGUUGUGAACAUCAGCGCUGCGAUCGCGGGCCUGGCGCCGAAUCCGAUUGUGAUGGGUGUUACUAUCGCGGUGCAGGUAGCGGUUGGCGUUGCGAUGGAGGUGCAACGCCGUCAUAGGACAAACACCUUCCUCGAUCGCAUGAACAACGAGUUCUUCAAACCCCGCGGUCUCUACUGUCUAAUUAUGACGUAUAAACCCGACUCAAACGCCGUCCACUCCAGAAUCGACAUCAACCAAACAAUUUCCUCCUCCAUGACCCCCGCUUCCUCAUCCACGCGCCAAACAUUAAAGAACCUGCGUCUCUCAUCUGGCGAAACAUACGGCGAGCUCGAACUUCCUGAAGCUGCGCCUCUCAUCUUCCCAGCUCUAGACUCUCUCUCCCCUGCCGAAAAAGAACACCAGGAAAAACAGUCGAAGAUGAAAGCCAGCGGGAAGUUCAUCGCAGAUUACUACGACCGUCGCGCACAAGCGAAGUUCAGCGGCGAGACUUACGGCAUGAGCAAAUUAAGCGCUGGCCCAGAGCCAGAGUUCAAGUCAAGAUACGCGGAUCCUAACCAUGCGGCGAAUAGCGGGAGUCUGAUUUCUUUGUUGACCGGGGGACAUGUAAAUCCGAGGGAGAGGAGGGAGAGGAGACGGGGCGCGAAGAGGGUUCGGAGGGCGGUUAGAAGAGGGGAGGAGGUUACGGAGCAGAUGAGGAGUGGGAAGGGGAGGAGGAGGGGAGGGAGAGAGGGUUUGGUUAAGAGGAUGUUGAAGAAGGAUGUGCUGUAUUUGAUGAUUACGAAUUUGCCGAGUGAGGAGGAGGUGAAGAUUGGGAGGGAGGUUGUGGAAGGUGGGGAAGGGGAGGGAGAGUUGUGACACUGAGCUGUUGUUUUGCUUACAGAGAAGUCCCGAAAUGAAAUCUUUUCAUCUGGCUCUAUUGGCUAGAGCAAUCACAACCAUUUUCAAGUGUGAAAAGUAGUUGAAGGCUUCGGACUGAGGCGUGCGAUGCGGGAGGUGCUGGGAAUCUUUCAAUGUAUUCCCUUUAAGCCUCCUUGUUUUCUUUCCUUCACAUCCGGCAUCCUAGGUUGAUACUAAAGGAGAGGCCUCUUGCCCAUAAUAAAGCUCCUCCUUUUCAUUAUGGGAAAGAGUGAAGGAUGGAUAAAUACUAUUGACAGUUUCGUUGCACAUCGGAUCUCUCUGUCGCCGGCUCGCCUUUGACUGACAACGACUUGCGUGUCUUCCAGUGAAUUCAAUUACAGCUCUGCUGAAACUUUCG